UGAUGAAGUGCUAGUUCAAUCACAGCGGUAUUACCUAGAUUUACCCUGAGAAAAUGUCGUCUUUAGUAGUUUUUCUCUUGUCUGCCUUGGCUCUGGGUUGUCUUAUCCAGCCGAAAGGAGUAGAUGCUCAUGCUUCGAACCGCCACUGUCUGCAGACGACUCGGCUAUAUCGUCUGCUCUUCCAAAUCGAGACGCUGGAGAAGAUUAUCUGCAGAGAAUGUCCAAGCUGCAGCAGGACGUCCAAGUAUUUUACUGUUCUUCAGCAAUUAAGGCGGCCCUUGCGCAUUAAUGAAAGCAUUGACCUAAAGUUGGCAACUGCGACUGUGGUAUAUUUGAAAGGCGUCUACAAAAAAUGCAAGAGAGGUUGCCGUCGCCCGCCCCCACGCAUACAGCUGAUAAAACGAUCCGUGGACCUUGCAUUUUUGAUUGAUACCUCUGUGACGCCGAAACAACUCCAACUGAUGAAAUCGGUGAUGUCAUCAUUUGAGGCGAACUGCCUUCGUACCCUAAAAAAGGCGGUCCGUGUAUCGGUCAUCGUUUACGGCCGAUACCCCAAAGCCCUGAAAUGGUUCAGCACGAAGACGAAACUAAACAAGAAAAUAAUGGUAUCCAAGGGAAAUAGGUUCAGUCUAAAGAAUGGCAUCCGUUACGUGAGACAGUAUGCUUUCCAGCGGCGGUAUGGACAUCGCCGCGGCGCACGUAAGAUGGUGGUCGUCAUCGGCAAUGCAAAGAAUCUUGACAAGGCUUCAACAGUAAAGGAAGCAAACAAGGCCAGAAAUUCGACGAACAUUGAAUUUUUUUACCUAGCUUUGGCUGAAAGGAGAGAGAAGGUCGACACACAACUGCUAAAUGGAGUGGCGCCCAGAAGGGGGAGAUACAUGUACUCUGUCAUCCGGACCUACCGGAAGUGGACGCACAAGGCACUCGUGAGCAAAAUAUGCCGGGAAGUUAAAUAUCAAGACCGGGUGUUCCGGUUCACUGCCGUCGCUGGGCCCGGUAAGUUGUUGUCGCUGAAUCAAGCUGCAUCCGCCUGCAAGGAGCUCGGGUUAGCAGUCGCGAGUACCGCGGAGAUCCACCGCGAGUGGAGGCGCUCCAGACUUGAGUCGUGCACCUGCGGCUGGGCCAGUAAUGGAAAAGGUUACCUACCAAUCCAAAGGAGAGGAGCUUGUGGCUACACCAAGACUGGCAAGAUCCUCGGCCAGGGACCCCGAUGGUGUCGGCAAGCUAGAGGAAAGGGAUAUGAUGUUUUCUGUUCAGCAGUCCUGAAGACGAGUGCCAGAAAUGUAUCCUAA